UCGGCUCUUUCCGCGGGGCGCUCCGUGUGCUCCUCCAGCAGGUUCGGCUAUUUCCGUCAGCAACUUCGGCUGUUUCCGCCGCCAGCUUCGGCUGUUUCCGCAGCCAGCUUCGGGCGGCCUCGGCCCACCUCGUUCCCGGUAACGGUCGCUGGGAGUUCAAAUGAGCAGGGGCCGGGCCGCGCCGCGCUGGGCCGCGCACUGAGGCGGGGCCGGGGCCGCCCCGCUCCGGGCUCGGCGACGACGACGACGAGGAGGAGGCGGCGGAGGAGGAGGAGGAGGAGGAGGAGGCCGGGGGAGCAGGAUGACGGUGCUGCAGGAACCCGUCCAGGCUGCUAUAUGGCAAGCACUUAACCACUACGCUUACCGUGAUGCAGUGUUCCUCGCAGAAAGGUUAUAUGCAGAAGUACAUUCAGAAGAAGCACUGUUUUUACUGGCAACGUGUUACUACCGCUCAGGAAAGGCAUAUAAAGCAUACAGGCUCCUAAAGGGACACAGCUGUACUACCCCACAAUGUAAAUACCUGCUUGCAAAAUGUUGUGUUGACCUCAGCAAGCUUGCAGAGGGAGAGCAGAUCUUAUCUGGUGGAGUGUUGAAUAAACAGAAAAGCCAUGAUGACAUUGUUACGGAGUUUGGUGACUCUGCAUGCUUUACACUCUCCUUACUAGGACAUGUCUACUGCAAGACAGAUCGGCUUGCCAAAGGAUCAGAAUGUUACCAAAAGAGCCUUAGUUUAAAUCCUUUCCUCUGGUCCCCUUUUGAAUCGCUCUGUGAAAUAGGUGAAAAACCAGACCCUGACCAAACAUUUAAAUUAACAUCUUUACAGAACUUCAGCAGCUGUCUGCCUAACACUUGCACAACAUUGGUAUCUAAUCACAACAUAUCGCAUAGACAACCUGACUCUGUCCUGAUGGAAACUCCACAAGACACAAUUGAGUUGAACAGGCUCAACCUAGAAUCCUCCAAUUCAAAAUAUCCUUCCUUGAACACGGAUUCCUCUAUGUCUUACAUUGACUCGGCCGUAAUUUCACCAGAUGCUGUCCCUCUUGGGUCAGGAUCUGCCAUAUUGUCUAAACAGGCUCAAAAUAAACCAAAAACUGGGCGGAGUUUACUAGGGGGACCUGCGGCUUUGAGCCCACUAACUCCAAGCUUUGGAAUUUUGCCACUAGAAACCCCCAGCCCUGGAGAUGGAUCAUAUUUGCAAAACUACACUAACUCCUCUUCUGUAAUUGAUGUGCCAUCCACAGGAGCACCUUCAAAGAAGAAACUUUGCGUUAUGCAGGCUGUCACCAGGAUAAGCCAAGCUGGAACAAAAUCUGUCUUCUCUCAGAGCGGAAAUAGCCGAGAAGUCACUCCAAUUCUUGUUGCACAAACACAGAGCUCUGGCCCACAGACAAGUACAACACCUCAGGUAUUGAGCCCAACAAUUGCUGCUCCACCAAAUGCACUGCCUCGAAGAAGCUCUCGCCUGUUUACUAGCGAUAGCUCUACAACAAAGGAAAAUAGCAAAAAAUUGAAAAUGAAGUUUCCACCUAAGAUUCCAAACAGAAAAACAAAAAGUAAAACAAAUAAGGGAGGAAUAACUCAACCAAACAUAAAUGAUACUUUGGAAAUUACCAAACUAGACUCUUCCAUCAUUUCAGAAGGGAAAAUCUCUACUGUUGCACCACAGAUCCAGGCUUUUACGCUACAAAAAGCAGCAGCAGAAGGUUUGAUGAGCCUUCUUCGGGACAUGGGGAAAGGUUAUUUAGCCUUGUGUUCAUACAACUGCAAAGAAGCGAUAAAUAUUUUAAGCCAUUUACCAUCUCACCACUACAACACUGGUUGGGUGCUGUGCCAAAUUGGGAGAGCUUACUUCGAGCUGGCAGAAUACAUGCAGGCUGAGAGGAUAUUUUCAGAAGUAAGGAGGAUUGAAAACUACAGAGUAGAAGGCAUGGAGAUCUAUUCGACUACGCUGUGGCAUCUGCAGAAAGAUGUUGCGCUCUCUGUUCUUUCAAAGGAUUUGACAGACAUGGAUAAAAACUCACCAGAGGCGUGGUGUGCUGCAGGAAACUGUUUCAGCUUGCAACGAGAGCAUGACAUUGCAAUCAAGUUCUUCCAGAGAGCCAUUCAAGUUGAUCCAAACUAUGCUUAUGCCUACACCCUUUUGGGACAUGAAUUUGUGUUAACAGAAGAACUAGACAAAGCAUUAGCUUGUUUUAGGAAUGCAAUCAGAGUCAACCCUAGACACUAUAAUGCAUGGUAUGGGUUGGGAAUGAUUUAUUACAAACAGGAAAAAUUCAGCCUAGCAGAAAUGCAUUUCCAGAAAGCACUUGAUAUCAAUCCUCAGAGCUCAGUCUUACUGUGCCACAUUGGAGUAGUCCAGCAUGCACUGAAAAAAUCUGAAAAGGCUUUGGAUACUUUAAACAAAGCUAUUAACAUUGACCCCAAGAACCCGCUAUGCAAAUUCCAUAGAGCUUCUGUAUUAUUUGCAAAUGAAAAGUACAAGUCUGCUUUACAAGAACUUGAAGAACUGAAACAGAUUGUUCCCAAAGAGUCUCUUGUUUACUUUUUAAUAGGAAAGGUUUAUAAAAAGCUGGGUCAAACUCAUUUGGCCCUAAUGAAUUUCUCAUGGGCGAUGGACCUAGAUCCCAAAGGAGCCAACAACCAGAUUAAAGAGGCUAUUGAUAAACGUUACCUUCCAGAUGAUGAGGAACCAAUAACUCAAGAAGAGCAAAUAAAUGAAUGUUACCCCUAUGAAUCAGUUGGCACAGAUGAAUCCCAAGAGAGCAGCAUGACAGAUGCGGAUGACACACAGCUCCAUGCAGUUGAAAGCGAUGAAUUUUAACCUCCAAAAGCCAGUAUCUGGGCUUGAGUGUGUGACUGGUACUGUUGUGUUCUCCCCUUCCUUCGCAUCCUGGGUCUUCACAUCACUGAGCCAGCAUUGUCAUUAUUCUCCACUGACACCAUGAGUACACCACUCAGACUUAAAACUGUAUGCAGAAUUAAUGGCAGUGCAAUAUUCAGCUGCUACUGAGUCUGACUAGUUGGCUCUUAGACAUUUAUGAAAAUGACUGAGGAGGAAAUACUAUUUUUGGACUCCACUUUGCUGGAAAAAUAUCACGGAAGAAAGACUUGUGGUUUGCUGUAACGAAGCCAGUAGAUGCGGGGAUAGUACUAAUGAAGCAGUGUCUUGUUCUUUUUCCAGAAAUGUGUCUUAGUUUGGUUCUUUCUUGGUAAGCAGAGCGCUGAACUUCAUUUCCAAGUUCUUCGAGGACAGUGUUGACAAAUGCAGGCUGUUAAAGACUUUUGCAUAUUGUAGUGUAACUUAAAUGCCAGGGAAUGUACAUGACCUUAAAGCCGCAGUGUUUCCCGUGAACAAAUACAAUGCACGUGCUCAGGACUGGGAGUGUCAGACUGCAUAAAACGUUCAGUGUCCCUACUUAGAGUGCAAACUUGCAGGAGUGAAAACGUAGCAGGAGAAUCACAUUGCAGAAUCGUAGCUUUCACAGAAUGCUUUCAUGUUCUAACCAAGAAUUAAUUUAUUCACCUAGUUUCUAAAAUGUCAAUGUUUUACUUUGUACUUCAGAGAAACAAGUCGGCAACACCUUGCUUCAUUUUUUCAUCUACCCCUUGACUUAUUCUUCCCAGUGUGAGAAUAAAAAUUAAUAAAGGGCGAAAUCAAAGAGCAAUGUAGAUACAACUUAAUGUGGAAACAUCAAACCCUUAACCAACAGCGCCUGUGUCUUUCUGAACAAAUAAACUGGGAAGACCGUGGAAGCCUUAAUACAAUCAGAACCUUACAGUCAAAUGCAUCGAGUAAUUGCCUAAGAUAGUGUCCUUUUUAAAACUGUUUUCUAAAGUGUGGUCCAAGCAGUGUGCAAACAUGUGCAAUUCUUUCUUUUUUUUAAGCUGUUCUUUAAGGCUCUUAGAGUACUUUCUCACUGUAGGAACGUAGGCCCCUUUCCUCCUCCCCUGAGGCUGCUGCUGUGAGAAGAAAUCUACGCCACAGUAACGAGUCCAAAACAAUCUUUCUCUGUAGCAUUUUGCAGCAACACUUGGUGCCCUUUAUGCAGUGGCGAUAAAGAAAGUGUACGAUACAAGCAGUUUUAAAGAGCAAUUUAUGCAUAAUAAAUUGGGAGUGAUAUAAAUUUCAUGGCAACAUAUUUGUCAUCAAUCUUAAUUUUUUAAAAUAUAUAUCUCUUUUAGGGGUGAUGUAGUUACCUUUAGAACUUAAGCUUUUAAAACUGCAACCUUGUCUUACACCAGGCCCGUGCCCUGUCAUGGCUCCUCUCUGGCUGUGAGCCACUGGGAUGCCUUCAUCAAACAAAAAUAAUCCACGAGUGCUGUGCAGAAAUACUUUUUUUUUUUUUUUUUGGAAGCAGGAGGACAAGCAGAGAGAAAUAGGCCAGAACUCCCCUAACAGUGUGAAAUGAAAUCUGAAAAAAAUGAGGAAUGGUAGUUUAUGAAAGGAGCCUUGUGCCUCAGCCGUGCAGUUCAGCUUGUGUCUGGAUGGGGGAUGAACUGAAAUCACGACGUGUUUCGGCUGACUUGUGUGCUGAAUCCUGCACGGCUUCCCGUGGUGAUCAAUGUUCUGGUGCGAUUCCCUUCCUGAUGCAUCUUCCCUGAGGAAAACGCAGGGUUUGCAUUUCCCAAGGGCUGUUCUGUGCCAACGGUAAAGCUCUCACGGGGCUCUUGGGUUCCCUGGCUCUGUCACGACAUCGUUUUUCCAUCCAGAUGCAAUGCGUCUACAGCUUCGGUGUGUGUUCCUCGUGAGGUUUCCUCAAGGAGUCUGAGAGCACCCCACACCUCAGCAGAAGGUCUGGAGGCAGUACUUGUGUGAGUGCCACCACUUGAUGCGUGAAUUGCCUUCCUUUUGGUUCCCGAUGUUUUCUUAAGCAAAAAGCAUGAGUUUCUUCCCGCUCCCUGGGAGCUAGAAGACUCUCAGCUGAAGCCAGGGGCCUUUUGUCUUUAGAUCUGAAGAAAUGCUGGGCGCUUCUAGCUCCCAAAAUUGCACACUUCUUUUUUUUUUCAUCCUUUUCAGAUCUGAAAAAACAGGUGCUGCUCUUGUGACUUUUCCAGAAGACUUGCUGCUUGUUUAACUGGGGACCAGAGGUUUAGGAAACUAGGUGGCUUUUUCCCUUCUCUGAAAAUUGUGAACAACUGUACUAAGAUUUCCAACACCCUGGCAAGAGUUCUUAACUCAGCUGGGGUAUUAAAAGGAUACUCAUUCUACCUUGAAGAUUUAAUACUUAAAAACUGUCCUGCUGCUUUACAUGUACAUCAUAUCUUAAAUGGUUGCUUUUUUUUUUCUCUCCAAGAAUAUCAAGUAACAGUUGGACCAUGCUGCUAUUUUACCUUCUAAAUAGAUGCACAAAAUUAGUAUUGAAUCAAUAAAGUUUUGCUACUCUUUGAAGAGGGGUGAGGAGAAGGGCGGUGAGCACGAAGGCACUCUGACAGCCAGGUUUGGGCAAGGGUGUUCACUGAAAAGAAUUAGGGAACUGUCAUUUUCUUACAACAAAAAUAUGGAAAAAUGCAAAGUGUGGGUGUGGUGUGUACUAUUUGCAUUGAAACAAUGUAAUUUGUCUUUUUUUUUUUGCUUUCUUGACUUUUUAUUUCAGAAAUUGUACAGUCUUAGGGGAAAAAAAGUCUUUUCUGUUAAUAUAUUUGCGAUUCAUUAAAGGAUGUGGAAAAUCCAAAUAAACUACUUUUAAAAGCA